GAACGAGCCGCGCGCGGUGUCGGUAUUUGUAGUUUCUUGACUGCCUAGCUCUUUUUUUUUUUUUCCCUGCUGUAACCCAGUGCCCGCAAUGCCCAUUUGAAGCCUGCACGUUCUUCCCCAUCACAAGGGCUCUGCUAGUGUCGCUGCCCAUCAUUCCCUGAUCGCUUCAUGUUCAGGACAGGAGAGCUGGAGUCUGGGGGUGAGUUGUCCCUUAAUGAUAUUUGUCUAAACCAACACUAUAUUAGGUUAAAGCAAUCUGAAUGCACCACCCUUCUAUCAACAUAAGUCAUGGGGGGCCCAGAAAAGGUAGAACCCCAAUAUUUUCAUCCCUGCAACAAGGCAUUCCUACCCUCAGGCUGAGAGUGAUGGGGGUGGCUGCUCAGUGACAGCUGGAGGGUUGCCAGUGGUGCCCAGUCCUGCUUUAAAGGUUGCCUGAUUUAAAUACCCCCUGGUGCCCUUGGCUGGCUGCUCUGUUGAAGGAGAAAGGCAGGCUAAGCUUGGCAUGUGGGACUGUAUGUCAAGGCUGACCUAGGAUCAAUGUCAAGGCAGCCAGUGCAAGAACAAGAUGAUUGAGUGAUCCUCAGACCAGAUAUACAAGUCUUUAUUUUAUUUUUUUGGUUUUAGUGCUCAAAGCUAAUUUGUGUAAUGUGUACCUUACAUGCUUUUUGUACACACACACACCAUCCCAUAUAAUGCGUCAAUACAGUUAUACCAUACAAUAUAAAUUGUAUUCAGUAUUGUGAUUUGGUUAUAUUUACUCAACGGGGCUUUCAGUGUGAAGUAGGUAUAUGUCAUAUUCUGCUCGCUUUUCACCUGCACACAGCGUCGCUGCCAUAUACCAGUUCCCCCCCCCCAAGUUCUUUAAGGUGUGCUGGCACAGGUUUGAGUCUGACGAAGAAGAAUACAAUGCGGUAUAAAACAUUUUCUCCUCCUCUCAAGAUCACACUCAGUGCCUGUGAUUUUAAGAUGGGGAUGCUGCAUCUAGCUUGUUUUUCCAAGACAGCAAUAUCCAAUGUGUAAAGUACUAUGUAGAAAUCAACUGCUAGUAAAUCAGGAAUACACCAGGAUAUAAAUUUCAUGUACUGCAGGACAGCACUUUCAUCUGCUGCCAAUCAAUAUGAUUGUCACGUUUAACUUCUUUAUAUAUAGCUGUACUCUUUAUGUCAUUUAUAACGUACCGUUCAGUAUCCUUAUUUUUUUUUUUUUUAAUAUUCUGUUUAAAAGAACACUCACCUCCUUUUCCAGGGCUGCACCUCUUCUCUUCUGUGGAACUCCCUUCCCUUCUCCAUAAGAAUUUCACCCAGUCUCCACUCAUUCAAAAAUCAUUGAAAACUCACUUCUUCAAGAAAGGAUAUCAACUAAGCCCUCAAUUAAUACUUUUCUAACAACCUAUUUUGUACCCCUCCUUUUACCCUUUGUGUCACUAUACCCCACUCCCUCUAGAAUGUAAGCUCAUGGAGCAGGGCCCUCCACCUCUUUGUUCCUGUACGUCCAGUUGUCUGGUUACAAUUACAUGUCUGUUAGUCCACCCAUUGUACAGCGCUACGGAAUCUGAUGGCGCAAUAUAAAUAAUAAAAUAAUAAUAAUCAUAGCCACUACAUCAAACUGUAGUGGAUAUGGUGUCUGGCACCCUCCCAAGGUAAGUAGUCAUAUGAUUUGCAGACAGUUUGACACCUUACCUGAGGUCCACCAGAUGAUGAUCACAGCCUCUUCUUAAACCCAGAAGCUCCUGCUAGGAGCUUCCAUUCGCUCCACUGAGCUAAGCUCUACAGUCUAGGAAAUGGUUCUUGAAUGAGCGCAUCAAUAAAGGGAGCUUUCGGCAGCAGAAGAGGCGGAAAUUGGGGCCUGGCAAACCCCAGGUAAGUUGUCACACUGUUUGCAAACAAUUUGACUACUUACCUUGGGAAGGCAUUGGCCCACCCCUGACACACACAUAUGUGUAUAAUUUACAUUUUCUGAUCACUGACCACAGUUUCAGUUCCAGAUUAAUUUUCAUGAACACUGGACUUCUACCUCUAUCUUGUAUACUAUUUUAAUAUAUUUCUUAUUCUUCUUUAAGGUGAAAUCAGCCGCAACCAUCAUCCAUUUAAAAAUAAAAUGGUGCCUACGUUGGAUGGUAGAAAUAUGACUAAAUAUAAAAAGGUAUACUGCCUGUGAAAGUUUAAGCCUUAUUUCCUUCUAUCUCAGCAUACUCACUACAACCUAUGAUAUUAAAAUCGUGUUCAAGAGAAAAAAUAGCAAACAGAUGAACGACGAAAAAGGAAACCCACUCCAAAGUUAUUCCCAUACUUGUUCCUCCCUGUGUGCAGUAUGAUAGGAGGGUUAUUGGUAUAUGGCUUAUUGGAACCUCAAGCUUCCUAGCCUACUUUCAAAAAAUCUGGGCAACAAAAUAGAAAAAAAUAUACAUAUACCUUGUUGAUCCCUACCUUAAUAAAUGUAGUAAUUGGGUAUUUACGAUUCCAUAAUAAUAAUUAUAAUCAUAAAGAAUUAAGUAACAGGUUGCUUUAGAGAUACAUAGUGAUAUUUUAGGGCCCAGCAAUAAUUUUGUAUAAUUUUUGGCUUUUGCACCUGUUAUCAUAAAAAAUGGUGUCAUAUUGUGUAGUUAGAAUAUGCCGGAUUCUAGGGCCUUCAGGCACUUGUUAAACACAGAUUUUUCCCUUGGGCCCUAUAAGUAUUUUUUUAAGCGAGAAAAAAAAAACACAUUUAUUUUGUGAUCCCUGGAUUUAUUUGUAUUGUGUGUUAGAGUACGGUAGAAUAGGUCUCCCGUUUUAGCUUGCAGUUUCAUUGUUUGCUGUCCUCUUUGCUUAGUGAAAAUGAUAUAGCAAUCGCACACAUGGAUUGAUUGGAGGAUGUCACUGAUCGCAGUUUACUGUUGCUGCAAUGCAGAGAAGUGUACUUUUUUUUUUCUUUUCUUCAAAAACAGUACACAAGAGAUCUCUGCAAAAUAUCCUCACUCAAGUAUAAAUAGGACUGCCUUUACCUCUCUGUAAGGUCAAUUAAUAUAAAUUGCAGAUCUUUAAGGAGCUGUAAAUACAAAAAGAUAAUAGCAUGAUUGCCGUUAAUACAUUUGAGGUGUAAUAAAUCCUUAAACUUAAUUGACACAAUUUUAUAGCAACAUAUGAAAUGAAAUCUGUUUUCCUACAGAUGCUUUUAUUUCUCAUUUCAGACCGCUGUUAUAUUUAAUGAAGUUGCUAUAUACUUCUCUGAAGAAGAAUGGAGCAAUUUGGAGACGUGGCAAAAGGAACUUUACGGCAACGUAAUGAGAGAGAUUCAUUCAACGUUAAUCUCACUAGGUAUCGGACUUGAUAUCUAUAAUCUGUUAACUUAAUAAAGUACAUUUAUAGAGACAUUGGUUAAUAGACCGGGCUAUGUGCAGCUCUCGGCAGAGCCAUGGGCUGCACAAGCUUGGUUUAUGGCCCAAUUCCUCCUGCUGGGAUGACAGAGACAGCUCAGUCCAAGUUAUUAUUGUAGACAAAAUUAAAAGGAACGCUAUUGUUACCGAAACCAUUUCACAUCAGUGAAGUUGUCCAGAAUUUCCCAGCGCUCUUCUCAGCCUAUCACAGCUGCUUGAUCAAAUGCAUCUGCAAGUAACUGAGGAGAGAAAGACAGACUGGCACCUGAGGGACUCCAUUUAAAGGGAAACUCCAGUGCCAGGAAAACAAUCCGUUUUCCUGGCACUACAAGUACCCUCUCCUUCCCACCACCCAUCCCCCGGUAGCUGAAGGGGUCCCUCGGCGGUGGUUUAUGCUCGCCGCCGCUCCUCCCAGUGAUUACGUCAGCCGGUGGCCGAGACUGAUCCUGCCCGCCGGCUGAGGAGACCUAAUGCGCAUUAGAGCUCUCCAUAGGAAAGCAUUGAAAAUGCUUUUCAAUGCUUUCCUAUGGGGAAUUGAGCGACGCUGGAGGUCCUCACACAGCGUGAGGAUGUCCAGCGACGCUCUAGCACAGGUUUCCUGUGCUAUGGACACGGAAGUGCCCUCUAGUGGCUGUCUAGUAGACAGUCACUAGAGGUGGAGUUAACCCUGCAAGGCAAUUAUUGCAGUUUAUAAAAAACUGCAAUAAUUACAGUUGCAGGGUUAAGAGUAGUGGGUGUUGGCACCCAGACCACUCCAAUAGGCAGAAGGGGUCUGGGUGCCUACAGUGUCCCUUUAAGUUUUAACCCAUUUGAAAAUGGUUUAACACUUGAAGGUAAGAAAGCACCAAGAGACCACUGACAUGAAGUAGUCUGACAUUGGAGUCUGUCCCUGGUAAUUCACUCUACCAGGACAAUCCCGACAAGAAGGACUGGUGGGCAGUAUCAGGAGUCCUGCUGCAAGGUACAGAGAAGCCCUGUUUACUGCAUAGAGCAGCAUGCUCCCCAUAGGACAGAUAGCAGCCAUAUAUUUGUAUUUGGAGACAUUGCCGUCUUCUGUACAGCCCCCAUGGGAAAGCAAAGAGCUAUUUGCAAUACUCAGCCAAUCACAGGCUCCCUUACAUAGUCUGCAUAGUAUUAACACUUACACAACGACUGCUGCAGAGAGUACCACCUGUUCUGCUGUGAGAAAGCAUGCUGCCCUGGAAGUGACUAACCUGCCAUAGGAACUUCUAGGUAGGUACCUCAUCCCCUGCCCAUAAUCCCUCUGUCUUUUACCCUCUCUCCCUCAUUCUGUAUAUUAGUGCACUGCUUAAUCUAUUACCCACAUUUUAAGUCCAUGAUUUAGGUACCCUUACCCACUGCACAUUUUUUUUACUGUUGACCAAUUUGUUACGUUGGUAUCCAAAUACCCCAUUUCUUUGUGUGACUCUUUGCUCACACUCUACAACAGCUUUUUGAUGGUCAGAAUUAAUCCCUACAUUCUAUCAGCCAGAGAGGGAUAAGGAGGGAUUACAUGAUGUAAAAACACAUUACAGACUGCCUUGUAUUGCACAGGUGCUUGGUGUAACUGUUCUUACUUUUGUUGUGGUAUUUUACUUUACAUUAUUUACUUUUUACAUUAUUUCUACUACAUUUUUAGGAAGCUGCUUUCCUCGAAAUUCCAUCAGAUUCUUCCAAGGCCACUUGCAAUCAUGGCCUUCAAAGUUUUCCUUUUAAAUUUGUUUUUGUCACACUUUAUGUAAUAAUAAUAAUAGUAUUUCUGCUUCUUUGUAGAUAUUUCAGACGCUAUCUGAUAUUGCAAGGAACAUUUUUACCUCACUAAUAUUUUUGUAAAUUGUGAAUCAAAAAUAUGGAAGGUUAAGUUUGGGUAAAUUUAGAUUUUUUUUUAAAUAAACCAUUUUUAGAUAUCACUGAACAAUAAUUUACACCAAAAAACGCUUUUUAUUCUACAUUUAUGUGAAUAUAUUGAGUGUACAGUACAUCAUAGUUUGCCAUUUUUAAUUAGUUUUUUUUAGGCUGCUUUAUGCUUCUAGUGUCUUACAAAUAUUUGAAUAGAUAAUGGAAAUGUAAAGCUUCCUCUCUUUAAUGUCUCCAGUUGAGAGGUGUAUUUAGGGUGCCUGGGAAUCCUCUGAUUUUGACAAAGACCAGAGGCAGGCUCCUAACAUUAUUAUCGCUAUAGUAAGCUACAUAGUAGCCAACUGUCCUGAGUUUGCUGGGACAGAUCCAGGAAUUUGGCUACAAAUAUGUGUUUCCUUUGUCUAUCUGUAUGUGUUAUUGUGUGUGUCAGUAUGUCACUGUAUGUAUCUGUAUGUGUCACUGUGUGUCUCUGUGUGUGUUAUUGUGUGUAUCACUGUAUGUAUCUGUGUGUGUUUGUCGCAGCGUGCAUGUGUAUCUGUUUGUGCAUGUAUCUUUGUGUGUCUGUUUACAUCUGUGUGAGUAGUUGCCACCGUGUCCCUGGACAUUUAAAAAAAAAUGUUUGCAGCUAUGUUUCCAUGCUUAACUUACAGCAUACAGCAUUGCUUAGAAUCUCUAUUUAAAGGGACACUCUGGUCUCCAUGACUUCACAGUUGUUAAAUUUUUAUAGUGACCGUAAGUCCCAGUCGCCAUCUUACCUGAAGCGGUUUAAACAAUUAAUUAAUGGUUUAACCCAAAUGUUGACAAGCCAGGGCCCAAACACUCUGACCCUGCAUUUCUUAAGAAUGUCCGAGGCUUUAAUCAGGAUACUUCAGAUCAGGCGCCAUUAUGGUGAAGUUGUUAUGGUGCCCAUAGUGUUCCUUUAAUGCAUUCUCUUUAUAAUGUAUUACAACUAGAUAAUUGUAUUUCAUAGCUUCCUUUUGAAGGAUAAGAAGCAGUAAUGGGACUUCACAAAAAAUUUAUUGAGAAGAUUGCCAGUGAAUGAAAUAUCUCUAUUUUUUUAAUGUGGCUGUAAACACACAGUUUGUGUUAGUAGAGAUUGUAAAUUAUAGGUAUUGAUACACACACUAUACUCCUUUACACAUACAUAUAGAUACUUUCAUGCACACAAUAUAAAUCCCCCCUCCAGCUCCUAAAGCAUGGCACUGGUCGUGGUAGUUCCUUGUGCUUUAAAGGGUUUCUCAAAACCUUUUUUAUGGUUAAUAAAAUAAUGCUGUAUUGACAUUAGUCUAUGCCCCCUCCACCCCCCUAGAAAAACACUCAAAGAGCGUUUUAAACUAAAGUUUAACUCACCUUAAUCCAGCACUGGGUGACGCUUCCUUGACGUCACCGGAGCGGCACCAAGGCCCAUUUCACAGUCUCAGAGAGCAUGCACGCUCUCUGAGCUGGCAGUGGGAUGGAGGGAGGGAAAGGAGGAGGUGGCAAGUAAUUAAAAAAAUAAAUAAAUAAGGGGAAUGGGAGGAGGGAGGGCUUCAUUCAGUGUGGGAGUGAGGGGGGGAGAAGAGCUUCUCCUGAGCAUGCAAGGGAAAAGCGGACACAGACAUAGUUUAUGCACAGAAUUUACAUUAGGUAGCCCAGAACAGAGUUUUGGGCUGUCCAAGUCAUGUGUGCUAGGGGUGCAAAUUGCCCUAACUCUGCACAUCCAGCUUCCUACCACCAUGACCACUUCAAAAAGCAGAAGCGGUUAUGGCAGUUGAAGUAACCCUUUAAUCAAUUGCCAACCUCAACACUGAUGUUCUGACACAUGAGUACAAGUCCUUUAGCACUGAAUCUGGUCACAGGGCAUGGAAAAAACACUACUCACAAGCCAGCCUUCAUCCUCAAACACAGCAAAUAAUGUCCCAAUCACAGCUCCGAUACAAUCCAACCCACCAGUAAAGCAUUUUUUAUGAUAAUAAUGUUUUGUAAAUCCUUUUUCAUAGGCUACAGUAUUGCUUAUCCUGAUAUUCUGUGCAGAGUGAGAAAAGAACAAGAUUCUUUUAUCAGCAACAAAGAAGAAGUGAGAACAGGUGCCAGCUUUCCUUCUGCUAGUAAGCAACCCCCUAAUCUUUAAUUAUAUUCGUUGAGGUUCUUCUUAGUUGAGUCUGAUGCAGAGCCUUCAGUUUGAUCGUCAUUGAAAGUAUGAGUAGGAGUUUGAGUCAUAUAUGUCCUUCCCCGUAAACGUGUGUUCUGUUUAAUAAAAUGGAAAUGGAAAAUAAAUUAAUUGCUUCCUCAUUUAAGAAGCAACUUUGGGGUUUAUUCACUAACCAGCGAAUUGUAGUCAAUAAAAACCAAAACCUACAUACAAAAAAAUGUAGGUUCGAAAAAAAAUGUAGGUUCGAACCCGAGCUGUGACUAAAGCUGAAAUGGAGGGUUUUCACAAACCCACAUUUUUAAAUGCUGUUCUUCGUUCAUUUAGUUAACGGUUUAGUGAGUAAACCCAUCUGUGUCAAACUGGACUCCAGUUUGAAAGUAAAUGAGAAAAUCUUUAUGUUGCUCUCCAAGACUACUUUGAGCUUCCUUCUAUCUGUCAUAAUAAGUAUUGUUUGUAUUACUUUUAAACCAGUUAGUGUAUCCAGCUUUAAAUUUUUGUACAAUUUAAAGGAACACUAUAGGGUCAGGAACACAAAGAUGUAUUCCUGAUCCUAUAAUGUUAAAAACACUAUCUAGCCCCCCCUGGCCCGUCCUUGCCCCCCUAAAUAAAGUAAAAUCGUUAUUCCAAUCUGCUCGUGCUGGAUCUGCUCCUGACCUGCCUCCUUGGCUGACAUCAUUAUCCCAUAGAAAAGCAUUGGAUUGGCUGAGAUUGUCAAUUCUGAUAUCAGCCAAGAAGGUGGGCCGGGUUGGAGCCAAACACGGCCCUGGCCAAUCAGCAUCUCCUCAUAGAAAUGAAUUGAAUCAAUGCAUCUCUAUGAGGAACGUUCAGUGUCUGCAUGCAGAGGGAGGAGACACUGAAUGUCAGUGCUGCACACUGUGCUGCAUUGCCCAAGGAAGCACCUUUAGUAGUCACAUGAAAAGUGGCUAUUGGAGGUGUCCAUAGGCUGUUAUAUAAACAGUGUCUUUUGUCUGAAAAUUGUUUACUGCAAAAAGCUUUAAGAGGCUGAUUCUACUUACCAGAACAACUACAAUAAGCUGUAGUUGUUUUGGUGACUAUAGUGUCCAUUUACGUCAUAACAAGCUUUUGAAAAUUAAAGGUGCACUCCAUGCACCCACUUGAUGGCUGUAGUGUGUAUGGUGUAUAGGUCAUGCUUCCAAAACUCUGCACCUCCAGAUGUUGCUGAACUACAAUUCCCAGGAUUCUAUGAAUGAAGUAGAUAGGCUGAGAAUCAUGGGAGUCAUAGUUCAGCAACAUCUUGAGGGCCGUAGUUUGGGGAAGCCUGGUAUAUGUUCUUGUUAUACAGGGUUUUUUAAUUUUUUAUUAAAUAGUGUAAUGAUUGGCAUUGGAAGUUGAAGAAGAUAAAUAUAAAGUUAACCAGUUUUGGGAUGAGACAUAAAUGAGCACCCGGUAAGCUAAGCAGAGUUGAUUUAGGGGAUAACAUUAUGUAACAAGGAAAUCUGCAGCAGUUCAGUUUCAAGGCUGUCUGUGACAUGUUUCCUCAUGUACAGCCUGUUUUUAGCAAAUAUAUGUAUAUCCUACCUGCAACGGUCAGCACGCGUAGUGUGAGGAACAAGAAGGCUAAACAUUACUGUGGCAGAUAAAACGUUUAAAAAACCCUGGGGGUUGGCUGCCAAAAAGGUAGAUCUCCAGCUGCUGCCAACUACAACUCCCAUUAUGCUAUGACAGCCAUAAUGCUGCCAGAGCACCAUGUGACUUGUAGUUCUGCAACAGCUGAGGGUCUGCCUUUUGAGCAGCCCUACUGUAUUGGGUUUAUUCACUAAACCAUGAAUUGUAAUGAACUGAAAACCAAACUGCACAUAUAAGGCUAAGGUAGCCAAGCUACCAGUUCUGAUAUUUGUAUCUAUAUUUUGCAGUUUGAUCUGCAGUGUGCUGCUUUGAACUUUGUUUAUUUAGCAAUAUUGUGAAAUGUCAGGACCUUCCAGGACUACAGUUGCUUGAAGAGUAUUAUGAGUCUUCUUCAGGGGUUAAAGCACCACUAUAGUGUGAGGAAAAUAAACUAGUUUUUCUGGCACUAUGUAGUCCUUAGGUCCCCCCCACCCUGAGGACCCCCCUCCCGCUGGGCUGAAGGGGAUAAAACCCCUUCAGCCACUUACCUUUAUCCAGCGCCGGGCUCCUUCUGUGCUGGGGAACUCUCCUCCUCCUGCCGACGUCAGCUCCCGAGUGGAGCAGAAUGCGCAAGCGUGGGCAGAGCCGCUCGCAUUCAAACCGCCCAUCGGAAAGCAUUACUCAAUGCUUUCCUAUGGAUGUUCUGCUUGCUCAAUGUGAUUUUCUUUUUUUUUUGCAUUGAGCGUCGCAGAAGCGCCUCUAGUGGCUGUUAGCCACUAGACAGCCACUAGAGGCCGGAUUAACCCUGCUAUGUAAACAUGUUUUCAGCUGCAGGGUUAAAACAUUGAGCUGAAGUGGUCUGGGUGACUAUAGUGGUCCUUUAAAAUAUGGUGCACUUUUAAAUCUUACCUCACAGAUGAAUUAACAGUUAAAUUAGUUAUGACCCACAUGCCAAUGUUUUAGAUUACGCUAAAAUAACCUGCAACUUCUCAGCCACGUUUUGCUAAAUCAUUUACAUUAAAUAGGGAAAUAAAUGACUAUCUGUAUCUCCCCAUGAUUGUCACCAGGAACUUCAGCUCCUUAUCCAGACAUCUUAUUAAGGAUCAAGCAAGAUGAAGAUGCUACUGGAGCGAGUCCCAAAAGUGAUUAUUCUUCUGCAGGUAAAUUGUGUGUGUUUACAGCUACUAGGUUACAUUAUAAUCCAGGAAUAGCUAAUCUGUGGCACUGCCAUGCUUUACUAUGAAUGGGUGAUUAUCAUGGACAUGGGCCUAUGUUCAGGUGCCUGGGCAUUAUGGGAAAUGUAGUUCUAGACAUUAGUUUCACUAUUUGGAACCCAGCGCUACUACUAUGACCAUCAAGACAGUUUUAGAAUUGGAAGGGGGAAAAAAAUAACAAUGUGGAUUCAACAAUUCCUUAUAGUAGUAAUGUUUGUAUUGUGUUGUUAGUUUUUUUCUCAAUUUUUGCACAUUUGAUUCAAUUCGUCAUUGUAGCAGAGAACUCUAUGGAACCCUCUUUCCCAUUUAAUGAAGAAAUGAAGCACAGUGUUCAUCAAUCAAAUCUAAAGUGUAACAAAGGGACCAGCACCCCAAGUACGACCCCCAGUACAAACUUCAGUAAGCAACAUCAAGUUUUCAUUAUUAGAAUUCUCUUACAGUUGUGCUGUUUCUUUUAUUUUUUACAUUGACAUUUUUUAGUAAAUAUCAUGACUUGUUUACCGGGAGGAAAUCAUACACAUUUUUCAAGGGGGAUAAAUGAAAGCAGGUGAUAAAUCAAAUGAGAUCAAAUCUAACCGUUUCCAUGAUAAGACACAAUUGUUAGACUAAAUAUGUAUAACAUACAAUUCAGGUUAGUUGAGAUAUGCUAUCUGUUAACAGUAGAUAUCAACUAUGGUAAUACAAUUACAAAUUUGCAUUCUGUGAAGGAAUGGACAUCAAAAGCAAAAAAAUUACAAAAGAUUAAAGGAACACUGUUGGCACUAUAGCUGCUUCAUCUAAUUGAAGUGGCUGUAGUGUCUGGAGUCCCCUGGCACCUUCCUUCCUUGCAAAGUCAAACCGUUUUAAGGCUAUAUUGACUUCUUGGCAUCUCAUCCCCACCCUGUCGAGCUAAGGUGGAAGCAAUAGCCUGAGCUGCAAUGGGCGGCUGUGAUUAACUAAGAGUGUCAGGUGACCGCUUUCAGCCAAUCACAGUGCCCAUUCACGUAUCCAUCAGUAUAGCUAAAAGGAAGUGUAUAAUCUCUUCCUUAGCCACGCCUCUAGUGGGGGCAGGGAUAUGGGAAGCCAGGAACCCUCAUUCAGGGUUAAACUGGAGGGAGAGCACCUGGAGAUUCCUAGGCACUAUAACAAAUUCAGUGAGAUGAAAUGGGUGAAGUGCCUUUUGCACAUGCACAGAAAAACACUACACUGCGCCAUCAGCAUAUCCUCAUAGUGAUUAAUUGAAUCAGUGCAUCUAUAUGGAGAGAGUUUAGAAUGUCCAUGCAGAGUGUUGAGACGCUGAACAUAAGUCCUAACCCACAAAGUCCCUCUAGUGCCUGUCUCAGUAACAGCCACAUUACUAGGCAGCAAUGUAAACACUAUAUUUUCUCUAAAAAGGCAGUGUUUACAUAGCUGAGCCUGCAGGGACACGAAAUAGACACCAAAACCACUACAGUAAUUACAGUGUUCAUUUUGACAAUCAUUCAAUGUUUGCAGGUAGUGAGCUGGUUUUUAAUCCAAAGUUUUCACUCUGGAUAAAACAAGAGGAUGACGAGUCUGAAUUUGCUGAAAACAACCAACCUGAGGUUUCACUGGAAGGUAAAGAAUAAAGUUAAAUGUAAUUUAAAUCUUUUACUUUUUACCCCCAAUUUUUGUUUCAGAUAAACACAGCUACAGAUGAUCGAAGGUUAGAAUCAGUAGUCCAUCUUUCCAUUGUACUGCACUCCACGAAAAACAGACAUGUACAGAUAAAUAUGUUUUAUCACAGAGAAUCUAAGCAUAGUAUCUGUAUUUUUUUUAUACAAUUUCUACUUAUUACUGUAUGUCAUGUCUUGUAUUGUAAAAUAAGUGUAGACAAUGUUUAAUGGCAGGUUAACACAUUUUAAAAUAGUCACAAUUUCUCACUUCUUCCCCCCUAUAGUUGAUCAUUUGAGGAAACGAAAUAUGGAUGUGCCUUACAUCGCAGAUAAAUCACCUAUCCCAAAAGAUUUCUGUGGGCAUUUUUCAAACAAAGAAAAUUCUAACAAAAAGCAACUGGUAAAUGCACAGACCAAAAACGUUUCGGCAAAUAAACCUGGAAAUUCUGGAAAAGUAGAAGAAAGUCUACUCUCCAUUGUACUUAAAAGAGCAAACACUGGAAGUCUCUGCAUGCCAAGUUAUAAAUAUUUAAAUGAUUGUAAGAAAAUAGACUACACUGGAAAAGAGGCCUGCCUUGAUUCUAAACUGCCGAGCUGUCAGGCAUCACAAACUAAAGUUAAUCUGAGCAAUUUCCGUAAAACUCCAUCUGACCAGCAAGCUGUGCAUGGCAUUAAACCACAUAGAUGUAGUAUAUGUGAAAAAUAUUUUAAAACUAUUGGCAUUCUCAAUGUUCACAUGAAGACACACUCUGGCAUUAGACCAUAUCGAUGUAAUGAUUGCGGCAAGAGCUUUCGAGACAACUGGAAUUUAAAAGUUCACCAGAAAAUUCAUACUGGAGAGACCCCAUACAAAUGUUCGAUAUGUGACAAGAGCUUCAUUCAGUAUGCAACUUAUAUGAAACACCAGCGUAUUCACACCGGGGAAAAACCGUACACAUGUUGUUACUGUGACAAACGUUUUACAAACAGUUCAAACCUGGUUCGCCAUCACAGGACGCAUACUGGUGAAAAACCAUAUGUGUGCGUGGAAUGCGAUAAAAGCUUCAGCUACAACACAAGUCUUAUUCAACACAAAAAAAUCCAUUCAAUAGAAUGUUUAGAAAAUGUAAGCAAAAAUUCUGGGAAAAAAUAAAUUUGAUAGGGGUUGUGGUUAUGUGCUAAAAUUAAUUUGUGAAAAAUCAUUUAUCAGUAUCUAUGUUGCACAAAUUAGAGGAACAAGUGAAGUACUGCUUCAAAAUUGUAACUGUUGGCACACCUGUUAUGUAAUGAUGUAUCUCCUCUGGGAGCCUAAAAAAAGGUGUAGCCGGCUCCAUAAAGUGACUUUUUUUAUAUAAUGAAAAUAGAGUGAAAUUUAAGACCUUUUUCUUAAAGAUUCUUUAAGGACCAUACCUACUUAAGCUUACUACAUAGGUAAUGCAUCAAGAAACUCUCUGCUCCUGUUUUCCUUGAACAAAACUUGAACAAAUUUAUUGGAGCUAUGACUAUCACCUCUCCUUUUCCCACUGUAAGAUGUGAAUAAAUUAAUUUUAGUUUCUGAGUAUUUUUAUAACUUUUUAUAAAAUAUGCAAGGAGUUAUAUAAUAUAUAUUUAUUUUUAUGUCCAGUCCUGUAUAUUUAUUUAUUUUUGUUUAUUUUUUGACAUUCUUUAUUUACAGGUGAUACUCGAAAUAUUAGAAUAUCAUGCAAAAAUUCUUUUAUUUCAGUAAUACAACCUAAAAGGGCAAACUAAUAUAUGAGAUAGACGCAUUACAUGCAAAGCAAUAUAGUGCAAGCCGUGAUUUGUCAUAAGUGUGAUGAUUAUGGCUUACAGCUCAUGAAAACCCCAAAUCCACAAUCUCAGUAAAUUAGAAUAUUGUGAAAAUGUGCAAUAUUCUAGGCUCACAGUGUCCCACUCUAAUCCGCUAAGUAAGCCAUAACACCUGCAAUUUGUUUCUGAGCCUUUAAAUGGUCUCUCAGCUAAUAAGGCUACAAUUACCCGAGGACAACAGCAUAAUACGUUUAAGCAAAGCUUUGAUGUCAAUCUAGGAAAAAUAGUUGUAAAUUGUCGUAUAGCAAUUGUUUACUCUGUUAUAUGAAAAUGUUACAGUUUUGAUAUUAUAUGCAUUGAUAACAUUCUCUAAUAAAAAUGAUAUAUGGGGAAAAAAAAAGAAA